AUGAUGAUUGUAUUUCCAGACUAUUUCUUGAUAUGGUUUUCAGUCAAGACUCUGAUCGACCGUUCCUGUUUUGAGACUAUAGAUGAUACUUCCCCUGAAUUUAAUAAUUUUGCAGCCAUUCUGGAACAGAUUCUAAGUCAUCGACUGAAAGGUCAGAUCACCUGGUUCGGCUAUGAAAGUCCUCGUAGUUUCUGGGACUACAUUCGAGUAGCUUGCCGAAAAGUCUCUCACAAUUGCAUCUGCAGUAUUGAGAACAUGGAGAAUGUCGGUUCUUCUAGAGCUAAGGGUCGAGCCUGGAUCAGAGUAGCACUUAUGGAAAAGCAUUUGUCUGAAUAUAUUUCCACAGCUCUGAGAGACUUCAAAACAACCAGGAGAUUUUAUGAGGAUGGAGCAAUUGUUCUUGGUGAAGAAGCAAAUAUGCUUGCUGGUAUGCUGUUGGGACUCAAUGCAAUUGAUUUCAGUUUUUGUCUGAAGGGUGAGGGAUUGGAUGGCAGCUUUCCAGCUGUCAUAGAUUAUACACCGUACUUGAAGUUCACCCAAAGUUCUGACAGCAUCAGCAGUGAUGAAGAAGAGCUAAGAACGCUGGGCAGUAGUGGCAGUGAAGGCAGCACUCCAGAGAAUGUUGGUCCUCCAUUCAUCACGGAUGAAAACAGUUGGUACAACAAAUGCAAAAGGGUAGAACAGAAGUACCGGCUUGCGUUGGAACAGAAGGGUUACCUUGAAGAAUUGGUACGACUCAGAGAAAACCAGCUGUCUGAAUCUGUCUCACAGAAUAAACUGCUGUUACAAAGAAUUGAAGAUAUGGAUCUAGCUCAUAAAAUGGAGAAGGAACAGCUGGAAUAUAUCAUUGUGGAACUGCAAGACCAGUUGACUGUGCUAAAGAAUAAUGACCUGAGAUCAAGACAAGAAUUAACUACUCACCUCACCAAUCAGUGGCCUUCCCCAGGAGCUCUGGAUGUCAAUGCUGUUGCCUUGGACACUCUACUCUAUAGAAAGCACAAUCAACAAUGGGAUGAGAAAAGUUUUCAAAGUCUGGACCAACUUUCAGCAGAAGUUAGUCUUUCUCAAUCCUCUCUGGAUCCAGGUCACUCACAGGAUGGGAAGCAGGAUGGAAUGAACUUGUUAAAUGAAGGGAAGGAAGACACUCCAUCGUUGCUUGGUCUUUGUGGCUCUCUCACUUCAGUAGCAAGCUACAAAUCUCUCACAAGUCUGAAAUCAAGUGAAUAUCUUGCAAGUCCCACAACAGAGAUGACAAGUCCAGGCUUAACACCAUCUUGAGAUACACACAAGAAGGAAGAGCUUUGUGUUGUAUGCAUUUGGUUUAUGUUCCAUAAAAUGACUUGCAAUGAAGACUGCUGGUUCUAAGCUAAAAAAUGAGCUGCUUUAUUUUCUCUUUUCAUGGUUAUCUGUUUAAAAAUUCACAAAUUGUGUCAGUUUUCAUUCAAACUUUUUUUUCCCCCAGAGGACUUUUCAAAUUUUCUAUUUUAGUCUUGAAUUAUUUAAAGCUCUUGGUCAGGUACAGGACAUAUAAUCUGAUGCUUAUGACUGAUUUUUAAAAUGAAACAGUUGGAAAUCAGUCCCCUACUUAACUGCCAUGACCUUUGUUUCUCCUUGCAAUGGCCAGGCCCUACUCCAGCCACGGUGCUUCUCUGCAGUGCUUUAAAUAUCUAUCAACUCUUGCAGAACAGACAGGGAAUCCUUAACGCCAGUCUUUGUAGGCAAAUAAAUAUUUUACCUAAAAAUCCAGCUUUUCAUCUGUGUAUGUUGCAUAGGACCUCAAAUAGCAUAUUUAACCUAUCAACAGCUCUUCUCAAGCUGACUCAGCGUUAGAUUUUGCAUUCCUGUUAGUAUCAUGGCACUUAGGAGAUGUCUGAAUCGCACUGAAGAAUCACACUGAGACACUCUUACUGACUCUUGAAGUUGCAUGUGAAUAACAAAUGUUAAGUUGAUCAUCUAAAUCAAGCAUACUUAGCAAUUUGUAAAUGUUGAGGAAACUCACCGAAUGCUUUUGAGUGACCUGAGUUACAGAUAAUCAAACAUUAUAUGAGAAAUUUCUUGGUUUAUUGGCCUUGCUGGAAAGAUGGGGACUAAGGAUGGUGGGGUUAGCACCUUGGGAAGCUUGGAUUGUGUGUUUAUUGGCACGAUCCCGAGGAGAGUGAAGAAGGGGAAACAAAGACAAUGUAAUGACAGUAUUCUCAUGUUAAAGAUUUUUCUCAUUCCCGUAGUAGUGCAAUAGGUAUUUUUCUUGAUUAGGUAAUAUGGCAGAACUUAUUUAAGUCAGUUUUCUGAAAUUAAUUGCCAUUGAUUUAAAUUACUGAUA